GCGGCCCCGCCCCUGCGCGGUGGCGCCCCGCCCCCAGGCGGGCAGGCCCCGCCCCGAGGCCGUCGGGUCCCGCCGGAAGUGAAGCCACCCCCGGACUCAGGCCACGUUCCCGCAGCCGACCCAGGCUGGGACCGCCGGACGCUGGGACAGGCCGCGCGCAGACCGCGCCCGCCGCGCGCGGGCCCCGACGCCCCCCGCCGGCCAGCCCGGGGACCCCAGAGCGGCGCCCCCGCGAGGCCGAUGCCCACCCGGGAGCACCCCCGGCCCCGGCCGCCGGGCCCAGGGCCCCCGACAGCGCCGCCGCGAGGCCAGCCCGCGAGGCCCAGGAAGAUCGCGUUUGCGGACGAGCUGCCCUCGCGCGCCCUCCCCGGCGCCGGGCGGCGGGCGGGGGCCGGGCCCGGGGGGCGUCAGCCCCGCGCCGCCGCCGCCGCGCCCGACUACGAGCUCAGGUACCCCGCGCUGCGCAGCGAGCGCGGCCGCCGCCGCUACGCCGCCGUCUUCCGGGACCAGCGCGCCGAGUUCCUGGAGCUGCGCAGAGACGUGGAGGCGGCGCGCGCGCGGCUGGCGCGGCUGGAGGCGCUGCUCGGGGCGCUGCCGCCCGCCCGCAGCCAGGAGGAGGCCCAGGCGGCGGCCCGAGUCUGGAGAGAGAUCGAGAAGAAGCGGACGGACCCUGGCUUCCUGGAUAAGCAGGCUCGCUGUCGCUACCUGAAGGGGAAACUGAGGCACCUCAAGGCCCAGAUCCAGAAAUUCGACGACCAGGACAGCGAGGCCUCCGUGUACUUCUGACCGCCGGCGGCCUGGGGUCGCCCGCGUCCGGUGCCCCCACCCCGACCCCCGGUCUCCGCCCACCCCGCGGACUCCGGUUCAUUCACCCCAAGGGAAUAAACAUGGAGCCCCCUGGGCUCGCGUCC